AUGCACCCAAAAACUUUUAUCUUCAGUGGCUCACUUAACAAAAACAGAUGGGGAAGAAAGCAAGUCACAACAGAGAAAGGGAAAGUAAAGGAUAGCCUGCUAGAAGCAGCUUGUUUUAAACCAGGAUUUGAAGGAGGGAGUGAAGUAGCCAAGACAGAAGUGACUGAGAUUUUCCUAGAGGGUCCACAAGCUAGCAACGCGCUGGUUUCGCAAGGCCCGCACCCACCUGCAGCCCCGCCACCUCCGCGGCCCCCGCCGCCCGCCACGACGCGCUCGCCGCCCCACCACAGCCACACGCAGCCCCGGCGAGAAGGCGCGAAUCCGCGCCUGGAGUCCCACGCGUGCUCGGCGGCACCGCCCCGCUCACCGGCGCUCCCCCCGCGGCACACGCUCCCCGUCAGGCGCGGGGCCGGGCACAGCCCGACCGUCUCCAACGGCGCCUCCGCCGCCGGGGUGGGCUGGGCCGGGCCGGACCGGGCAGGGCCAGGCUGGGCUGCCCCGGAGGUGGCGCCCCCACCGCAGCCUUGCUCGCUGCGAGAGCGACACCUGGCGGCCGCGGCGAGAGGGCGGGGGGACAGCGCCCCGCCAGCCCGCCCCGCCUGUGCUCCGGCGAGAGGCCGUGACAGGACAGGCCCGGCUCGGACCCUUUGCAGCCGUUCCCUACCGAGGAAACGGGGAAGGCGUGGGGACACGGCCACUCUGCCCUGCACCUGCAUGGAGAUGGUUCUACUUACCCAUUUUUCACUAAACCAUUACUAUGGUAUUCAUCAUUCUGUGGUGAUAGUCAUGCCGCAGAUUCACAUCAAAACCCUUAGUGCUCUGCAGGAGAGAUUUACUGACUGAAUUUUGUGUUCCGAUGCCUCUCUGAUCUCCGCAAAGCUUUGUAGCUUUAUCAGAACUACAGCACUCGUCUGAAGCCUGGCGUCGUUACUGAAAUUGGAAUGUAACUGCUAAAAUACAUAAAAAUACAGUUUUGUUCCCCACAGACUAUCAUUUUCUUCGCUUAUUUCCACAUUCAGGAUAGGCCUGCUUCAUGGGAAUUUUAUUCUACUUGAUACGGUGUAAAGUUCUGAUGCAGUCGAAGUAUUUGCGUAACAGUUCAGCUGUAUGUUAAAUAAGUUCCAGGUAUGUAAAUUUUUGCAGGACUGCUUUGGCUAUGUUUGAUCAUUAUGACUGAGAAACAAGAUGUUAACACAUCACAGAAAAACACUUUUCUUGGCAGUGAUCUGCCACCAAUAUAUUUAAUGUGAGUUUUCCCUCUUUAAUAGAAGCAGGAUGAGGCGCUGUCGUGAUCCUACAAACCGAGAUGCAGAUGGGCUCCUGUGAUUGUCUGGAUGUCAGUGGGACAAUUCCCUUUUUUAAUCCAGACAGCUAAUUUUGUAUUCUUCUGGAUUUAUUUUUUUACCAUUGGGAAGGAAAUUCAUGAGGGGAUUCCCUAGAUGCUUGAAAGAGAAAGUAUGUCACGUCUAUGCACCACAGCUUCCCACAGAUGAAGUCCAGCCACAUCUAGUACUGUACAUGUUGCAUAUUCAAAGACUCACCACCUUGUCUACCUGCCCUUACUACAAGUCUGUGACUGAAGGCUAGGUACCAUGCAACUGGCUUCAAAAUUACAUGACCUGAUGCAAAAGAAAGAAGGAAAUGGCCAGUUGCAGAGGGGACAGACAACAACUUGGUGGCAAAGUGACAAAGGAGGAACAAGUCCUGAAGCCUAUGUAGAUAGAGUCAGUGACAGAUUAUAUUGCCAAGGGCUUGCCAGAAGCACUUCAGCCCUACUCUAAAACCUGUCUGGCAAUGGGCCUACCAUUUACGUGGCUUUGAGGCUGAUGCUGCAGUCAAGCAGGAGGUCACUGACAUCACUGUUGUGGCAAGAGCUGCACUGUAACCAGUCCUUUCAUUCCUGAGCUUUUACACCCUUAGUAUUUAAAUAUCUCCAAAUUAUUCUGUCUCUGUCCCUCACUGGUGAUGCUUCUGCAUAAAAGAAAACUAAUACAGUCAUUUCUAGGCAAGACACACUCCGCAUAGCUGGCCUUGAAACUUACGCCCUUUCUGCACAGAUGUGGUCAACUGGUGAGUGAGAUGGAUGGUCCUUCAUUACAGACCUGGAAACUCCUCUUUCCAUCAGGAGUUUUCCACAGAUGAAUGCCCUCCCCAGGGCUGCCCCAAGAGAGAGUGCUGAAAACACAAGUGGUAAAACAAUCCUGCUCCAAACUGAAGUCCUAAUUCCUUGUGAGGGAUUUAACUUUGAAAUGUUUCCCAUAAUCUUUUGCUAAUCUGUUAAAGCAAAACUUCCAAGCUGUUGAGAAUUAAGAAAAGCAUUUCAAUCAAUUAAUGUAUUAGUAAAUCAGUCACUAUGUGGAAUGCUAGAGGGGUUUCUCUCUUCCUCUCCUGAACAAAAGCAUGCCUCCAUUACUUCAAGUGCAUUAGUGCACCUUGGAAAGCCUGGUAAUAAGAAGGCUGCCACACAGUGUAGAGGUGGGAAGAUGAUCACCCGCAGGAAAUAUGUGGAGACUCCAAACCUAAGUCCAACCAUUACACUGAAUGCAGGGAGGGGGGACAGGACAGGACAGGAAGAAGUAGUAUGAGAGAAACAGAAUCAGAAGAAAAUGUGUUGCUGGAGAAUCAGGAACUCAUCCACUAGUCACCACAGUGGGCAGCACGGAAAGACAGCCAGUGACUGACUAAUGCACAUGCUCUGGUGCUUAGACUGGUGCAAAACAGCAGUAGCAGCAGCAGUGGAAAUUCCUGAGAAGGGGCUGGGCUGAGGGGCAGAAGGUCUGUCUGUAUGGUGCAGGUCUGGAGGAAGAAAUGGCAGGCAGUCCAGUGCACCUCAGUCUGUUAGGGUCUUCAAAAUCCCAUC